AUGAAAACUUCAUCAGAUCCACCUCUUCUAGCCCAAUAUGGAUCAUUGUUACGUCAACCAACUCAAAUUCUGGCGGCGUCGCAGCGUAAGGAUCAACAGUGUGAAGUGAUAGAAGAAUGUGAACUACCCUUGAUUGAUCUUGGAGGUCUGAGGAGUUGCAACCAUAAUGUGAGACAGGCUUGUGAGGAAGCAAUUGCUAGGGCAUCAUCAGAGUGGGGUUUUUUCCAGGUAGUGAAUCAUGGGAUCAGUCCCAAGCUUAUUGGGGAGAUGAGAAGAGAGCAAGUAAAGGUUUUUGAAACACCCUUUGCAAGGAAAGCUAGUUGUGGGCUUCUCAAUAAUUCAUAUACAUGGGGGAAUCCUACUGCUACUUCUUUAAAGCAUUUCUUUUGGUCUGAGGCCUUUCAUAUUCCUCUCACUAAGAUUUCAGAUGAGGCUUGUUAUGGGGAGUUCAGCACUCUAAGGGAAGUGCUGGAGAAAUUUGCAGCAGCAAUGUCAAGUCUUGCACGGUUACUUGCAGGAGUUCUAGCAGAGAAUUUGGGUCAACCAGAGGGAGUUCUUGAAGAAAUUUGCAAUGAAAGUAGCUGCUUUCUUCGCUUAAAUUGCUAUCCCAAGUGUCCAAUACCAGGGAUUUUCGGUUUAGUGCCUCACACAGACAGUGACUUCCUUACCAUUCUUCAUCAAGAUCAAGUUGGAGGGUUGCAACUCAUGAAAGAUUCCAAAUGGGUUGCUGUAAAACCUAAUCAAGAUGCACUUAUCAUCAACAUUGGCGAUCUUUUCCAGGCUUGGAGCAACAACGAAUAUAAAAGUGUGGAGCACAAGGUGAUAUCUAAUGGGAAGGUGGAAAGAUACUCAAUCGCCUACUUUCUAUGUCCUUCUUAUGAUUGCUUGAUCAAGAGUUGCAGAGAACCUUCCAUAUAUAGAAAGUUUUCUUUUGGAGAAUAUAGGAAACAAGUUCAAGAAGAUGUGAAGAAAACUGGACAUAAAGUGGGGCUUUCGAGAUUUCUCCUUUAGGUCGGU